CAGAGUGGCUGAAUUGCUCUUGUAACCGCGCCGCCUCACUCCCUCACUCCCUCAGUCCUCAGUCACUCGCGGGAAGGAGUAGUGUGUGGAAGGCUGUGUGGAGGGAGUGGAGCGUGAGAGGUGGACCACGAGUUUCUGAAACCCCUCCACACAACAUCUCCACUUUCCAAAGGCUUUAGUUGAAGUUACACGGGGUUUUGAGAACUGUUUUUUAUGGUUGUAGCGAGAGAUUAGGAACAUAUCUUCAUUAUCAGCAGGAGAAACACUCUUGAGAACCUUCCCAGUCAUCUCUGUGGCCUUUGAAAAUAGUCGUGGUGAGAGAACGAAGUGUUUGUGAGCCUAGUAAGGAAGAGAGGACACUGAUAACAAGGGAAAUUGAAAAGCGAUGCGUUUGACGUGUGUUUUGUGUUCUGGCGACGGAGAAACACUACAGUACUGAAGUGAAGUUGGUUGGGCAUGUUGAUUAGUGUUCGUAGUGGUUGCAGUGAUCACAGCAGUGAAACAGAUGAGUGUGAAAUAUGGUGCUACUUGAUGUGUUACAGUGAUGCACGGUGGUAGGUUGACUUGUUACAGGAAAAGUGCGAUGUACAGUGAGAUACAGUGAAGCAUAAGGGUAAUGCAGUGAAAUACAGUGAAAAGCAUUGCAGCAUAGAAGUCAUACAGGAAAGUACAGUGAAUACAGUGCAGCAUUAAAGCAACACAGUGAUUUGUGCACCAUUCGAGUGAUACAGUGAAAAAAAAAACAACAGCAGUGCACUAUACAAUGAAACACUCAAAAUAUCGCAACAUGAAAGUGAAGCAGUGAAAACAGUGAAAAAUAGUGACGUAAGAACAGUGAAGUACAGUGAAACAAUUGAAAAAACAGUAAAACAUUCAUAACUUUUGAUUUUGACUGUAACGCGUUGAGAGAGAGAGAGAGAGAGAGAGAGAGAGAGAGAGAGAAAGAGAGAGCAAGCAAAACGUUUAUGAAGACCAACACUAAACAAAAGCAGUAACAUUGACAGAAGGAGUGAGGAGGAAGAGACAUACAGGACUACGUGAAGGACAUACACCCCACCAGACAGACACAACAGCCAUGGAGAGGAAAGUCAGCAGACGAGGCCCCCACCCGGACCACCUUCACCUGGACAAGAGUAUGAUAAGCGGACCGACCAAUUUUUCCCACGUGGGGCGCAGUGACCCCUUCCGAGACAGGCUCGGGGAGUGGGCGGAGGGCGAGACACAAGUGGGCGGAGGCGUGAAGGACCACAGAUGGGCGGAGGUCAGCGAGGAGGAGAGACAAGAGAGAGAGGGAGAGGGAGAGCAGGGGGGAGAGUACGACCCCUGCCCAGUCUCCCCUCCCUCUCCUAACACUGAACGAAGGAGCUCACGUCGAAUAAGCAAGGACAUGAUCAGCCUUCCCAUGAACUUCCGCCACGUGCUGCACAUUGAUCCAUCCUCGGCUGACCCUGAACACCUGUCCCUGUUACUGAAGUCUGGCACGGAGAUGGAGUAUGACUUGGAGUGUGACGAGGAGGAGGAGGAGGAGGAGGAGGAGGAGGAGCAGCAGGAAGAGGAAGAGGAGGAAGAGAAUGAGAAUGAGGACCCUGCCUGGCCUCCUCCUGAGCCUCCUGUAGACUACCACGAGGGUACCAAGGGCGCCCCAGACCCCGCCCCUGCCAAGCCAAGGGCUCUGAGACCUUCCAACCGCGUCAGGAAGAGCAUGAUUAGCCUUCCCACCAACUUCCAACACGUGAACCACAUCUCAGCUGGGGAGAGACUGCUGGCCCCAGAGUCCCCACCUCCCCAAGUCCCCCCGGAGCCUCAACCUGGGGGAGAGGGACACGAGGGGAAAGAGUGGAGGUACAAGACAUCCCCCUGCACCCCUCCAGUCAUCCCCUUCCCUCCUCCUCCCCAGAUUUCCCAAAUUCUUCCCCUCAUCGUAAUUUUAACACCCCAAACGUGUAUUUCCCUGCCCCAUCCAGUGUUCCUCCUCCCCCCAGGCCUCCCUCCCCUACCUAUGUCAAUCUCCCCCUCCCCACCCAUCACCCCAAUGUUCCUCCCCCUCUCUCUCUCCCCACGAGUAACGCCCCGCCCUCCCCAGCCCCGCUUUCCGCCCCGCCUCAUCUGGGCACGAAUAGAGGCAAAAGUCACGUGACACUCGGCGGGCCAGACCCAGACCAAGACCCAGACGGUGUUCGAUUCCAUGGCGGUGACUCUAACUUCGACUUCAAUAUUGUUCAGUUUCGUGUUCCACCCCCGCCCCCCUUUCAGUUCUGUGGGAAUGACGUGAGCAGGUCCAGCCUUCCCUCCCGGCCACGCGCUCACCACCAGCAUUUAAUAGAAGAGGAAGCGAGGAGGGAGAGGAGGAAUGACAGCAUGGAGGAGGGGAGGAGGGGAGGAGGAGGGGGGGUGGCGGCGUAAUGAGAAGAGACUCACCUUGCUGGACAGGUGUCACGAGGAAGCGCGCCGCCCCCUCCUCUUGAUGUCCCCCUCCGCCGCCCCCACCGCCCCCUGCAGUUUCAAGGAGGAGAAGCAUCGGGCGACCCACGAACUUCCAGCACGUGAGGCACCUGGACGCACACACCGCCGAACUACUGC